GAUGGUCAACAGGCCUAUACUCCUGCUCAAUUGGGACCAGCUGGUUUUCGCUAUUUUCGUUUGAUCCAUUGUCCCUCAACGGCCAAUAUAGGGUGUGCUCUUGAACCCAAGACGGUAGGCAUGACUCAAAUGGGCGAGACUGAGCAUCUGCUUUCUGGUCGGGAGGGAAGCGAUUCUGGCGGGCCGCGCAAGACGAGCUCGUGUGACUGA